UGAAGCCAUUCCCCCUUGCCCCGUCACUACAUGCCCUUGUAAAAAGCCCCUCUCCAGCUGUCCCUGCAGGAACUGGAAGGCCGCAAUUAAGUCACCCUUUGCUGUGCGCGGGUGUGGCUCCGGCGGGCGCCGGUUCGUGCCGUCCCCUCUCACGGGCGUGUUCCUGCCAGGAAGAACCAAACCCUCAGGAGGGUUAAGGAGGACGUGCCGGCCCACCGGGCACUGGGAAAGCACCACCGUAACCCAUAAAGGGCCCCAGCGCUGCGGGGUAAUGAGGCCUUUGAGGUCUCUUACAUGCUUAUAUAGAAGAGAAAUCACUUCUGUGGAGAAACAUGACGUGAAAAUAAUGCUGACUAAACAGCCAUGUCUGAAGGGGUGAAGGAAGUCAAGUUACCCAUCAAAAAGGAGGACUCUGCUGCCCUAACACGGUACCAGAGCAAUCUGACAGUGCAGUGAUAUCGUCAAGCAGUCUCUAAAUCCCAUCUCUGGCAAGCAGCUAGGAACUGCUCGUCUGAUCCUGACACCACCGGCUCCCGCGGUCCCAUUCUCGGGAUAAGGAGAGCUCUGCCCUACGGGGCUGAGAGCACGAACCCGCGGAGCCCAGCAGUCCGGCACCGGCCCAGUGCCGUGGGAGGCGCAUCGCCAGAGUGGUACGAGGGAAGUCUCGGAGUUCGCUUGUUACCAGAUUCAGGACCAGGCUCAGAUCCCUGGCAGUUCCUCAGCUGCCUCUAUCCGUAAAUCACCUGCGCCGGCAGCAGCCAGCAUCGUCCCUAACACCCGUGAAGGAGGGGGGCUGCCCCGCGCCGCACCCCCGCCCCGCCGCGCCCCGCACUCACCGCCUCGGGCGCGGGGCCGCCGCCUGCCCGCGGCCCUGGCAUCGUUCCGGGAGGGGCUGCAGGAGCCCUGGGCGGCGGGUCCGGGUCCGCCUCGGGCACGGAGCCGGAGAGAGUGAGCGGAGACCCCGGCGCCGGCCGCCCCCAGCCCUCCCCGCCGAGGGAGGAGCCGCUCCCUCCCGCAGCAGACCCUGGGGGUCCGCCGGCAUGUCGACCGGGCCGCUGGCAGGGACGGGCCUGCCGGGAGAGGAGAGCCCAAAAAUCGAUAGGUGCAGCAAGAAAUGAAGUGAAAAGCGAAAAGUGACUCUCGAAGAAAAAAGCCUUCACGGCUUCUUCACAGCCAAGCGCUCUCCUGCCAGGAUCAUUACCGAGGCGACGUGGGUGGCUGACAAACUGCCUAAACCAAACCUCGUCUUGCUCAAGCACUUGCUCUCUCUGCUCCGCCACAUCAGCCAAAAUGCUGAGACCAACAGGAUGGACUCCAGCAACCUGGCCAUCUGUGUUGGCCCAAAUAUGCUGAGCCCAGAGACAGGCAGCACGCUGCCACUGGAAGUACAGAAGGAGAUGAAUGACAAGGUGACAGUGUUGGUGGAGUUCCUUAUAAACAACUGCUCAGAAAUAUUUGAGGAGGACAUUGCUUUCCCUGUCUGUGCCUCAGCUGAGGAGUCACCAGAGCACACAGACAGCUCCACGGGAAUCGUGAUCCCUGGAGUUCUUGGAUGUAGCUCCCAGGAGGAUGCAGAAAUCAAGCCACGUGAGCUGGGUGUCGGAAAUCCCCAGUUUUCUACAGCCAGUAGAAAAGAUGCUCCCGGCAUCUUCUGGGAGCAAUACAGGUUGGAAAAGCAACAACAUAUUGGUGUGGCCCUGAAGUACUCAUUUGUUUCAAGUACCCAUCCUGGGCCUGAUACCGACUGACUGACUGACUGAAAUCCGUGAGCAUUUGGAGUAAGACCAGGGUUUCUCUAAUGCUAUUUCAAGCUGCACGAAGCAGAAGUCCUCUGGAACUAACAGAAACAUUGAAUUUUAAAGAGAUGGGAUAAUUUUCACUUCCUCAUUUUUUUCAUUAACAUUGAUUUAUUUUUACACAGUUGCAGGCUGGUAGCAGCGUGGGCUGGGGCUGGACCAGAAGUGCUUGGUUUUCUGUAAAGUGUUUUGUUUGCUCACCUGAAUGUGCCACUACUCCCACAGAAAUGCAGUACUCAAUGCAACUCAAGUGUUUACACAGCACUGGUGUAAAGCAGGCAGUAGAUCGCUUCCUUUAUGGAUAAACCUGUGGGUACAUUCUGCUCACUGCUGUAUUAACUGAAUAUUAAUGAUUAAUGAAAAAAAAAAGACAUGAAGAAUAGUUAAACCAACUUAUUAUGGUCUUAGGAUAAUAUAAAGUUUACUGACUGCUGUAGCAGGCCCUUCCCAUCCUGCAUGUACUGCCCUGUACACAUGUUCCAGUGAAGGUCCUGGUGUACACCACAGGAGUCUGUUUCUCUCCCAGAACACCUGGAGCCAGCCUGAGGAUCAUUAAAUUACAGAUCUGAUUAAAAGGAAUCUGUUAUUUUAAAGAAUUUCUCUUCUUUCUCUUUCUAGGACAAACAACUGGCAUAGGCAUUGAGUUGAAA